GAUUCUCUUUCCAUAACACCUUAGGUUAAACAGAAGAAAAGAAACACAGAACCCUCCAUUAAUUAACACCUCAAAUUCCGGCUUCAAUCCCUCUCUCUCUCUCUCUCUCUCUCUCUCUCUCUCCUUGCCACCGCAACAAUGGGCCACCCAACCCUUCUGCUCUCACUUUCUCUCCUCCUCCUUUCUUUCGCCACCUCCUCCGCGGACGACGGACCCGCCAUUCUCAAGCUCGCCGCUGCUCUCACCCCAACUCCGCCCUCAUGGUCCACCACUUCUUCCUCUGGCUUCUGCAACUGGAAGGGCAUCACCUGCGACUCCUCCUCCAGCAGCGUCAUUACUAUCGAUCUGUCUGCCAAAUCUCUCUCCGGGGCGGUUCCCUCCUUCUCCAGUCUCGCAUCCCUGCAGAAUCUCUUUCUCUCCAACAACAAUUUCUCCAGCGUCUCCUCUGGUGCCUUCGAUGGGCUUAACAAUUUGCAGGUCCUCAGCUUGGGCAACAAUGAAGGUAUUGAGCCUUGGCUUUUUCCUAAUUUAACCCAAUCCGCCGGCCUCACCAGCCUAUAUCUCGACAACACCAAUAUUUACGGUCCCUUGCCGGACAACUUCCAGCUCUUCUCCAGUUUGCAGUACCUCAGGCUUUCGUAUAACAACUUAACCGGAACGCUUCCGGCCUCUCUUGGAGGAACCUCGAUCCAGUCUCUCUGGAUCAACAAUCAGCAAAAUGGGUUCACUGGUACCAUCGACAUACUGUCCAAGAUGACGUCGGUGACCCAGGUUUGGUUCCAGAAAAACCAGUUCACGGGUCCGAUUCCAGAUUUGUCAAAUUGCACUUCUUUGUUCGAUCUUCAGCUUCGGGACAACAUGUUCACGGGUCCGGUACCCCAAUCUCUGAUUUCUCUCCCAAGUUUGAAGAAUAUAUCUUUGUCUAACAACAAAUUGCAGGGUCCUUCUCCCAAAUUCCCUCCCAAUGUGGAGAAGGUCACUAAUGAUGGGAUCAAUAAUUUCUGCAGCAAUAGCAGUUCUUGCGACCCUCAGGUCACAGUUAUGCUGGAAAUUGCAGGUGGUUUUGGGUAUCCCGUUUCACUUUCUGAUUCUUGGUCUGGGAACGAUGUACGCCAGUUUUCUUUUGUUACCUGCGAUACCAAGGGAAAUGUGAUCACUGUUAAUCUAGCCAAGAAGAAUCUUGUUGGGACU